UUAUUAAUCCUCACACCAGCAAAUUCUAUUUAAAUCGUCACUCCUCCCAUUCUUUUCAAAUCGUCCAUCUUCCGCAUUGAAAGAUCAGUGAAAGCCAUUCGAGAUUUUUCUGUGCCUUUGAGGAAUAAAAAAACAGGGGAAGCCACCAUGGCCAGAUUUAUCUCCGUGCUCGAUUUGAAGGCUUUCUCUCGAUUUUGCGGCCAUGAUUUUGGCUUUGGAAAUAUAGCCAGGAGAGAAUACGGCGCCAUGGCAAGCAAAAUGGAGUUACGAGGAGUUCAGGCGGAGGCAAAAGAAGCAGAGGAGAAGAGUAGACAGAGAAGUUGGAUGCCUCACCCCAUUACUGGUUACUAUUUACCAGAGGACCAUUUUGGGGAUAAUAAAGAUGUUCCCCUGCAAAGGGAAAGUAAAUUGAAAUACAAUACUCUUCCCUCUCGCGCACAAAAUUGAUCUGUCAAGAUUCAGAAUUCUCCCGUUCCUCAUCUGCAGCAGAUUCUUUUUAGUCACAAGCUCUAAUGGCCAUUUACAGUGAUGUCAAUCUCAAAAGUGAUAUUUCUUUCGCAAAUUUGCAUUUCACAUGGAGGAAUCUUCUCAUUGUAUGCAGACUCAAUCGCCCAGCUAUUUAGCCUAGCAAUUGUAUCCAUACUUUGGAUUCCCACGAUUUGAUAUUUCAACAAAUUUGAGAUUUUUAAGUGUUA